ACCCCUACUUCCGGCACCUACCUCCGGCCUGGCGCCGUGUGCGCGCCGCACGCAGUGCGGUUCGCUAUCUUUAUGUAGUGCGAUUGGCUGUCCCGUCCCACCGGGCGUCGAUCCCCUCCGCCUUACGUGCACGGUACGCAGAGUCAGCAGCUACAAGGAUGUGCGAGGCAGAACACUGCUGCAGCCGUCAGUGCGCUGCUGGGAACGUGGCGGUUAGCAUAUAGCGACCAUGUGGCUGCUGCAGGGUCUGGGCUUAGUGGUGCAUCGGUGCAUCCAUCACUGCGCAAAUCCCGCAUUCCCCAACUGGUUACUCAGUCACGUCCGUGCUUUCGGACAGGAGUUGUCCAUCCUCAGUGCACUGUACCUGGGCUUCUGCAUACUGCUGACAGCUGGGGAACACUGUUUUGCCGUCUCUCGCCUGUCCGCGUGCUACAUGAUUCAGACCACGAGGGCAAACCACCACCUCCCCUGAGUCACCGUUCCUCCCCGAUCCCUUCCUGAGGAGGGGCACUGCAGGAAGUGUGCUGCGGGGCGGUCACUGCAUGCUGUGAUGUGGCUUUGUCAAACCGCUGAGGGGACUGGCCGGCAGAAAGUGCUGUCAUCCCACUCCUUCCUGCUCCUGCCCCACCCACGCACUGGUCCUGGCAGAGCUGUGUGCGCUGCGUGCCGAGAUCCAGGUGAGAAAAAGCCCACGUGUUAGCAACACAUAAUUGGGCAUCUCUGGUCUGAGUGGCACCAUGGGGAACCAAACCAUAAUGAUCCAUAACAAAGUUAAAGAACAUUUCACUUUACCACAAUUUGCAGGAAGGAGAAGAUGGUUUCUGCUUGGUUCUUUGUCCACACCUGGGGCUCCCAGCACAGGAGGAAUGCAGAAAUGUUGGAGCAGGUCCAGAAGAGGGCUGUGAUGAAGAUAUGAGGGCAGGAGCACCUCUCCUAUGAAGAAAGGCUGAGGGAGAUGGGCCUGUUCAGCUUGGAGAAGAGAAGGCUGCAGGGAGACCUCACUGUGGCUUUCCAGUGUCAGCAGGGAGACUAUAAUGGGGGACCAACUUCUUACACAGUCUGAUAGUGACAGGACAAGUGGGAAUGGCUUUAAACUAAAAGAGGGGAGAUUUCAGUCAGAUGUUAGGAAGAAAUUAUUUACUCAGAGAGCGAUGAGGUGCUGGCACUGCUGCCAAGAGAGGAUGUGGAUGUCCCAUCCCUUGAGGCAUUCAGGGCCAAGUUGGAUGGGGCCCUGAGCAGCCUGAGCUGGUGGGGAAAAUAUUUUCCUCUUUGUGCUGAAAAAGAACAAAUUGCUAUUGUUAAUGAGAAGAUUAAAAGCAGAGCUUAGUGAUGCCAAGUAAAAUACAGCAGUGUCCCCUUGACCCGGACAGGCAUCUCAGCCACCUGUCACCAAGAGAAAAAGAAGAGAACAGACUUGGUUUGGUAUUUAAACCAAGCCUGGAAAUAUUUAAAAUGAAAAACAAAAGGAAACGACCUAUUUCCCAUACAAAUGCUAUGAAUCAUUUCACAUUCUAUAUUUUUAUUUCUGGCUUGGGAUUUUUCAAGGAACUCAGGGUCUCCAAAGCACACACAGCAGCUAUAGCUGAUGCAGUUCCAGGUAUAAGGCUCGCAAUUAAAGAACGUAUGCACCUCAAAGUCUGCUUCUGCAUGGUAAGGAGAGUACAGUAAUCCCAUAAAGACACCUGGACCCUGUUAGUCCCAACAGAGUGUUAAAUACUGGAUUUGUGUCACAGGUUCAUUAGGCCACUGUGCUUUGAUAGGUAAUAAGGGUGCUUGGGUAAAGCCUCAGGAGCUUCCCAAGAGAGUGCAGCAUUUCACAGCUGUUUCAUACCUGCACAAGCAGUGUUACCAGUCAGCAGACCCUCCUCCCUUGCUGACCUCAUUACCACUAAGGCUGCAGUCAGGUGGAAUGGGUGCUGCUGUGUGCGGGUAGAGAGCUGCCCUGACCAGAGCUCAGAGGGAUGUGCAGUGCUGAUGUGGGAGCAGGGGGCUUUACAGGCAUCCCUGUCACUUCCAGGUUCAGGUCUUCCUCUCUUUUCAGGAGGGCAGGUAUGAUGCAUGUCUGUACCAAAGGGAAAGACCUUCCCUUCAUCUCUUGCCCCUUGGCAGUGGUGUGGACCAUCCUACCUGCCCUGUCCCUGGCUGCUUCAUCAUGUAACAGGUGCAAAUCUGCAGAGAUUUUUUUUCUCAGUAGAAGCUGCUGCUGAGUAAGGCAAAAACCUUGCUCUCAUGGGAUGAGCUCAUUCCCUCCAGAGGGUUUGUUUAUUUGUUCACAGCAAACAAAUAACAAAAAGAGUCUCCUGUGUGCAUGUCUAAAGGAUGUUGGGAGGGCCUUGCCCCCAUUGCAGGAAUGGUUGCUCACGCUGUGGCUCCGAACUGACUUCAUUUUCACCCUCCCUGUGACCUGCUUUCUGCAUGCAGCCUUGGGGAUGUGCAAACGCACCGCUGCCUUGCUGAAGUUCGCAUCGCUACACUUCCCAGGCAGCUGGCUGCAUCACUGGAAAGGCAACCACUUGCUUCACAAGCAAAGGCCUCAGACCUGCCAGCUGGUUUUCUACCACAAGUGAAUUAAAUGCUUUAGUUAUAUGGAUCUCAGGUAAAGUCUGAACUGCAACAGAGCAUACUUAUUUUGGGUACCAGCCUGAAAUCAUGGACCUGUCCUGUCUUUGUGGGCCUCCACCCCCCCAAGCAGCAGGGCAGCAGUGUGGGAUGGCACUGCUCAGGCAGUGGACUCAAGUCACUGUAGGGUUUUAUGCUGCUUUUCUCAUGUUUCUUGAAAUCUGUCCCCUCCCCUUUACAGCACCUUUUUAUUCACACUGAAAGCAGUCAGGGCGCUUGCCUGGACUUGCAGUAAUGGCGAAACUCCAAUGCACACAGAGUCAAACGUUUGCUAGCCCGCAGUGCAGAUACAACAACACGGGAACCUCCUGGGGGCACCGUGCCUCCCGAAACCCCCACCUCUCACCGAUCAGCGUGGGAAAAGUGGGGACCCUGCAUGUUCCAACAGAGAGAGAGACUUAUUUCUAGCAAUGUCUGUCUGCUGUACUCUCUGAACCAAACUGUGCUCUCAGGGGUCAUUCCACAGGCUUCAGAGCUUGUCCCUUGAGAGCAUCUCUGUACUGUGUGCCAUGCCACCCUGCCUGAUUUGGGGGUUUCUCUGUGGGCCCAGGACUGCAGGAUGCAGUGCAUUGGCCCUUGUUAUGAGGCUCUUCUUCCCCUUUCAGGACAGGGGAUGCAGGGAUCUCUACAAUCCCCUUUGAAGCAGGAAACACAUUUUGUCUUCGGUGGAUUUCACUCAAUGGUGAAAUGAAUGCACGUGCUGGGAAGGGAGCACGUGACAUUGGGAAGCUGUGUAUGUACGGUGUCUUUAAUGUGGACAUCAUCAUUAGGUGAGUUAGCUGCAGAAGGGGGUGUGUAGGGUGCCCAGAGGUGGAUUUCCAUGCUCUCUGGCUGAGGCAGCGAGAUGCUGUUCUCCUGCAGCCACUCGUGGCGGCAGCUGCACUUCCUGGCAGGGAGGGCAGCAUUUGUUUGAAUGCUUGCAGUGUUUUGCAUUGUAGUAUUUGGAUGCCAAAGCGAUAUGCUGCUGUAAAAGUUAAUUAGCCAGAUAACUAAUUAAAGACUUCUCCUUUUUAUUGUUGCCAACUUGCAGUUUAGAAAAGGGCUUGUGUCAAAGUAGAUGCAACCACACAUCCCAGUGAAAGAAGUGAGAAACUAUUCAAGAUCCAAUUAACCAUUCAGGGGAUGGAUGCGAGAAAAUCCCAUCAUGGUCUGGGGGAAGAAACGUCCCAGUCCCAUGCAGGAGCAGCACAACUGAGUGGGCUCUGUAUGGCUCUCCAGAGGGGUUCUUACUGUGAAGGGGAGGAUAGCAGUCUGGAACUGAAUGUGAUGGACAGGAUUUGGAGGUGCCAACAGACAUUGCGGUGUUGGAAGAGUCCCCAGGAGGGUGACAUGUCCUUAGGGACUUUGUUGGAUCCCCCUGUCAGAGAGCUCCAGGCUGGCAGGACUCUGAGCUAAGAGAGGAUGUUUCCUUUUGUAAGGACACAGGCAGGCUCUGCUCAUAACACUUGCUGGUGGAUGGUCCAUGCUCACCGUGCUGCUCUGCUGCCCUUGGGAUGUCCCCAUAUGCUGUGGAUGUCACUGGAGCAAGAGAGGACUGACCAGAUGGAUGCCCUUUAAGACUGUCUCAUUUUCAUGGGUCACUGCAGAGGACAUUAGUAAUAUUUCUUUAAAAAAGCAUCACCAGCAAUGUGGUAUCACUCAAAUUGAGUUCCUUUAUCAGUGGUAUAAGGGAGUGCUUCCAGUUGCUCCAGCGCUGUCUUGACCUGUGGAUUUCUGGGGUCAUUUUGGCCCCAGGGAAUAAACAGUGAGAGAGUAGAGGGUGGAAAAGCCAAGGUGAGGUUUGGGCUUCCUGGCCUGGCCACCAGCCAGGAGACGUGCUGUAACUGCAUGGCACCAGGCCCAGAAUUUCCAAGAGGGCAGAGCUUACUUCUGAGCUUAGGAGAGGGGCCGCGUUUCCACCAGCACUUUGCACGUGCUGGGUGCACCCAGGGCCUGGGCUAUUGUGAAAUCCCAGCCUGGCUGAGGGUGGCUGAGUGUUUGAAAUUCCACCAGGCUGCCCAGCCCUCCCUCCCCAGUGAAAAAAGAUGUGGAAUUGAGCAACUUCAGCAAGUGUUCCUUGGCUGUGGAGCUCACGUACUCUGCAGAGCACAGGGGAUGAUGCUGACUGAUUUCACCCAGCUGCUACAGAGGGGCAGUGUUUUAAGGCUCAUAGUUCAGAUCACAUGACUGCUGAGGUCGGUUCACUGAUACACAUUUACACCAGAUGAGGAUCUGGCCAGAGUCUCGAUACUGGGAGAAAAUGCUUCCCACCCCCGCUGCUAUCAGGCCCAGCCCUCAGAUGACAAGAAUUUAAUUUAAAGGCUCAAUCUCUUGUCUGAACAGCUCCCUCCCUCCCCCACUCUGAUGGGAGGAAAAGCUUCAGAGAGGCAUCAGGCAAGUGGGAAAGCUUUGGAGAGAGCUGUCUCUUGCCCUUUAGCCAUCCAGAGAGAAAGAACUCAUCUGAAUGAAAUGAGGAUCAAUCAGAGACAGGCAUGGGAAAAGCUGGGAAAAUGAGCCUCCAGUGAUGUAUAUUCAUGGGGGGGAAAACCUCCCCCAGACAUGCAGAAGCUUUGAUGAAAACCCUCCCAGCUGUGCUGAGCCUUUGAAGUGACACAGCAGAAGUGCCUUCACGAUUAGCCAAGAGAUAGAAGCAGAUGAGCUCUCAGUCAGCUGAAUCCUUGUAUUUAGGAUAGACUUUAAUGCUUACUUUUUAUAUCUCCUUCCAAAAUUAAUAAUAAAUUCCAUCAUUCCUUUUCCCCCUUCCUCCUGCACCGCACCCCAGAUAACCUACAAAGCCAGCAGCACAUUCCGGGUGGGCAGGAGAUGAAGCGGCCAUGGUGCUUCAUGCUCCAAACUGGAAAGAGUACUGAAUAAUUAGCAGGAAAUAAAAGGCUAAUGGAAAUGGGGCUUGCUUUUUUUUUUUUUCUUUUUAAACCAUAAAGCAAGUUUCUGGAAUCUCCUCGCAUAGCUUUUGUCAAAAUGCCAUAGCAUUUCAGCAGCAGUGUUUCUCCUUCUCCCAUACUUGUCUCAGUCUCCUCCCCUGAGCAGAAUCUUUGGAAGCCAAGCCUGAAAUCUGUGCUCUGGUCCUUGAGCUGAGCAGUGCUGUAUUCAGGUGGGAACACUUUUGCACACUAGGGGUGGAGAGACAAUUCCCCACCACAGUAGUGCCCAAGAGAGCCAGUAGCACCUGCUCUCCAUGGACCUGAACCUCCUUUGCUGAGUUUGAAUGAGCACCCAAGCCCCAUGGGAGCUGUUGAAGGAUUAAGCUGUUUUAUUGCUGGAAGGUCAGUUCUUGCAGAAGUCUUGCUCAGAAAUGCACUUUCACCCGUCCUUUGCUUACCACAGCUGGAUGGUAUUCUAAACUUGAAGUGCUCUUGAGUUCCCCCUCUGAGAAAACUCAGCGGCUAUCCAGUAACUCCAUUUCUCCCCCAUGCUGCCCUUCCCAGCAGACGGCUCCCUUGCAGGAACACUUGAUGGAAGCAGACAGAUGCAGCCAGCCAAGUCAGUGAUGUACAGCACACUUCAAAGGGCACUGGCUGCUCCAGCUGAUCAAAACCUGUCUUGAGAUGCAGUGUCAUUUGCCAGAGUGUUUUCUUUUAACUAUCAGAUACAUUGAAAGGAAGUCAGUCAGUUGGUUUUUCAGUUUUAAGAAGCCACUUUGGGAAUGGUCAGAGACAAGACAUUGCUCAAGAGCUCAGUUAACUGAGAGACUCCACACCAAGGCUGCGGUAAGACCUCUGUGUGUUUCUGCCCCUCGAGAAGGUCCAAACUCCCAUCCUCUUUCCUGGCUGCCACUGGAUCACCCUGCAUCUGGCUCACCCCAACAAGAGACCCCCCUUCCACACAUGACUCUCCCUCAUCAAGUUCGGUAAAUCAGGAAGAACCAGCUUUUUGCCAUCCCAUUGUGGUCAUUUUGCCCUGAUGCCUGCAAAGCCCUGGCUUUCAUUAGUAAGUGUGCAGCUCCAUUUGUGGCUUUUUUGUCUCUCAGCCCAUUUGCCCAGCUCUGGCCCUGCUUUGAUCUCUGCUGUAGGCAGUGCCUCAUGCCCCGGUUAGCAGGAAGACUGUGAUGAGUCAGGAGGGCAUGUGGAGGGCCCAUAGCUGGGAUCUUUGCUCUGAUGUCUGCGUUGUGCACUCAGCAGUUACAGCUUCUGUAGUGAGCAAGACAUUUCUAGAUGGCAUUUCCUUAGCUUUAUGUAGUAGCUUAGAAAAUCCUGAUGUUUUACAUUCAUAGAAUCAUAGAAUCAUGGAAUCAGUAGGCUUAGAAAAGACCUUUAAGAUCAUCCAGUCCAGCUGUUCACCUAGCACCAAUGCUGCCCACUAAAACUUGUCCCUAAGUACUGCACCCACCCUUUCCUCAAACACCUCCAUAGAUAAACUUACUUUGCAUUAUUCUGGGAGACCCCCUUGUCUGAGAACACUUAGUUAUGUUUGUGUUGUGUUUUCAAGGUUUUUUUAUAGUGUCUUAAAAAUGUGAGUAUGAAGUGAGCUAUUAAGCGCCUUUACACUGAAUUUGAAUCAGAGUGGUCCAUGCAUACUCAAUUAGCAUGAAAAGGGUCUUCACUGGAUUUACUGUAAUUUAAUUCAAAGUGUGUUUUGAUGAACAUGAUCAGUGAAGGUCAUCAGAUUCCAAACUGCAGCAACUACAUGAGAGCUCAGUGCCAUUUUUCUUCCCUGUUCCAUAGUGCAGGGAUCUGCCUGUGUCCCAGAUGAUUCAGGCACUGUAGAAGAGGCCCAGAACACCUGCUCUUCCCAAAAUGAUCGCUCUUCCUUCAUGAUAGACACUUCUCGGGGAGUCUUGUCCCCCCUCACAGUACAUCCCACUUCACAGGGUCUCCUGGGAACGCAGAGGCUUUGUCUGCCCUCGGUUGUGCUCAUGCAUGCAAAGAUCUGUAGUGGGGCAUGAGAUAUCUUCCCCUUCCACGAGCCAACAAAAAUGUCACGUCUUGAGAAAAUGAAAUGAAAUCUCACGCAUCACCUGUCCCACAGGACAGGCAAACACAGUCCUGGAGGGGCUGUUAAAGGGGCACAACUUUGCUGUAGGUGAGUGAAUUCCUAACCUUCCUUGCCAGGAUCUAAGAGGAAAAGUCAGGGCUCAGUUAUUUUUGUACACACAAAGACAGCAUUGGCUCUCUGCCCUGAGCUCUGCGUAGAGCAAAUGCGGAAAUGGGGCAGCUUAAAUCUAAUGCUUGUUCGUUCUCUCUGAACUGGGUUACAUGAAGGAGGGUGCACACUGGCUUCCAACUGGGCUGACCGGGGUGGUGAGAGUUACCCCAACCUCAUGGGUGAAGGAAUAAAGCGAAAACCACUGAAUUGGAUUUUUUGGGGGCCCUCUCUGAGCAGUGUUUCCCCCAGCAGAUGAAAAGUGCAUUUAUAAGCAAAAGUUAAGGGCCUCCUGUGCUACGUUGGGAUCCGUCGUGAACAUGUUCAGGCCCAUCUCUAAGCAACACAGCAGGAAAGAAUAACCAUCAACAUGCAUGUAGCAAUGUCUGAGGCCUUGUGAAAAUGAGAUGCUGUCUGGACAUGAGAAUUCACUUGAAGCAGAAAGGAGAACAGAAGCAGCAGAACUCACCUCAUAGCUUGUUAACGUCAGAUGGAGAGACCUGGAGAAAGUGCCAGAAGAGAAGAGGAGGGACAGUACUUUGGUGCAUUACUUCUCAGCACGCACAGUCCCAUGAGCCUCAGCUCUGACAGUUUUAGAUCUGUGCGUCUGAUGAAGAAUGACACCAUGAACUUCCAGAAGUUCUCCUACACUAAUGAAGAUGAAGCCUGGAAAACCUACCUGGAGAACCCCCUGACUGCAGCAACUAAGGCCAUGAUGAGGGUGAAUGGAGAUGAUGACAGUGUGGCUGCCCUGAGCCUCCUCUAUGACUACUAUAUGGUCCCAAAGGAGAAGAGGAUUCUUCCAUCGGGUAUGAUGGGACGUAAUGAACUAGGAAAGAGGCAGUACCACGGAAUGGAGUAUGACUCGGAUAUCACAUCCUUUGAUGGCUCAGCCCAUCUCAUGAAGCUCUUGUCUGAAAACACUUCCAUGACCCAAGAAUAUUGUGAACCACAGAAGAAGAAUGGCUUAAGUCUUGAAGGCAUCCCUACUCCUCACAAGCCAGCCAUGCUUCCACCAGGAACCAGCAAGCUGGAUGCCACCCCAGACACCUACAUGGUCCCUCCAGGGGACCUGUAUGACAAUAGUGCAUUGAACUCCCUCUUCGAGACCAACCCUGUGGCCACACCGCAGCAGAGGUGGCAGCCAGACAGCACUUUCAAAGAGGAUCCUCAGGAGUCACUACUCUUCAGCGAUAUCCUCAAGCCCCAGCCAGAACCACCCUGCUCCGAGAGUUAUCCUACAGAUGGUGUUAAGAGUGACUUUGAAUACACUCUGGGGUCACCCAAAGCCAUUCACAUAAAAUCUGGGGACUCUCCCAUGGCCUACCUCAACAAAGGACAGUUCUACCCCAUCACGCUGCGGGCAGCUGGAGACAGCAAAUGUUUACACUUGUCUUCAAAUAAAGUGAAGAGUGUUGUGAUGAUUGUUUUUGACAACGAGAAGAUCCCAACAGAGCAGCUCAAGUUCUGGAAGCACUGGCAUUCUCGCCAGCCCACAGCCAAGCAGCGAGUCAUUGACGUCGCUGACUGUAAAGAAAACUUCAACACAGUUCAGAACAUCGAGGAGUUGGCCUACAACGCGCUGUCCUUUGUGUGGAACAUCCAUGAAGAAGCAAAGGUGUUUAUUGGGGUGAAUUGCCUGAGCACCGACUUCUCUUCUCAGAAAGGAGUGAAAGGGGUCCCGCUGAACCUCCAGAUUGACACUUAUGACUAUGGCAAUGGGACCAACCAUCUGGUGCACCGUGCUGUCUGCCAGAUCAAGAUAUUCUGUGAUAAGGGAGCAGAGAGGAAAAUGAGGGAUGAUGAACGGAAACAGUUCAGAAGGAAAGGAAAAUGCCUGGACUCCAAUAAUAAUGGUCUGAAAGGCUGUUUGCUCUCUGGCUUCAGAGGGAAUGAGAUCACGUUCCUGAGGCCAGAGACUGACCUUGAAACCCAGCCAGUCCUGUUCAUCCCCAACCUCCAUUUUUCAAACCAGCAGAGAUGUGGCACGGCUCUUCCUCCUGCUGUUCCCAACUCUGCAAACAGGCUGCCCCUAAAGCGAAGUGGGACCUCAUUCACAGAUGAGUUUGACCCAGUACCUCCGAAGCAAACCAAGGAAGAAGAUCCUCAGAGAGUGCUGUUGUACGUGCGGAGGGAAUCAGAGGAAGUGUUUGAUGCUCUCAUGUUGAAGACACCGGAUCUCCAGGGCCUCAGAAUGGCUAUUUCAGAAAAAUAUGGGCUGCCUGAAGAAAGCAUUUAUAAAGUCUACAAAAAAUGCAAAAGAGGGAUCCUGGUCAACAUGGACAACAACAUCAUCCAGCACUACAGCAACCACAUGGCCUUUCUCCUGGACAUGGUGGAAGCGGAGGACAAGAUCCAGGUCAUCCUCAAGGAGCUAUAAGGAGCUGCAGCCAGCACUUACUGGGACUUCUCUACCAGCCAGCACAUUUGACCCAAGAGAGCUCAGCCCACCAUCCCACCGCAUUGCCUCUACUUGAAAACUGCCAGCAGGGUGGGGCCUCACAGUGCUGGGCCAGAGACAGCCUGGAAGAUCUGUUACCGAAGUGAACACAGAACUUCUCUCUAUUGAGUUUAUUAUUAUUAUUAUAUUUUAUUCUCUUCUGGAGGCAGCCCUGACCUUCUGUUUCCAAGCUGUGAAGGUGCAGCUGCACUAACGUGGCUCCUGGCUCUGGGCAGCAGUGAGGAUGGUCUCAGCUCGCCAUCUGCCUCAGCCCAUGGCCGAUCCAGCUGUGGGCUCUGGCCUUCUCCCAGCCUGUCAGUCCCACAGAAGCCUCCAACCAUUUCCAGUAGAGCUGAGCCUGGCUCUGAGCUUCUCUGUCCGCAGAGACUUUCAUAGAUAUGUUUAAAACUCACUGUUAAACGGACAUUGCCUGCUUCUAUGCCCUCCAUCACCAUCUCUCUGUAAAUACCACCUAGGCCUCCGCAGCCCUCAUUUAUACAUUUCUAAUGUAUCAUUCCUUUUAUAUUUUAUGUGUAUAAAUAUGCAUUGUUUUGUUUUUCACUCAGUACAGUGACACAGAGCAUUUCAAACACAGGCUGCUUCACAUUUCUCUGUGAACUCCUUUUGUAACUGUGUUGUUGGUUUUGUCGUUUUGGAUAUUCCAUAGUAAUAAAGGUUCAGAGAUGGAACACAAA